AUGGCCUCACCAUUUGUUGCCGUUGCUGGCGCCUCCGGCGGACUGGGCCAGCUUAUUACUAUGGAUCUCCUCAAGCGAGGUGUGGCCGUGAAGGCCCUUGUGCGCCCUGACACCGAUCCAUCUCGCACAGAGAAGCUUCACAACGCUGGCGCUGCCAUCACUCCAGUUGAUCUCUCAGAUGUGCCUGCUCUCACCCGUGAGCUGAACGGAGCAAUUUGUGUCGUUUCUUCACUCCAGGGCUUGAAAGACGUCAUGCACACCGCCCAGGGCAACCUCCUAGAGGCCUCCGUGGCGGCCAAGGUGCCAAAAUUCAUCCCUUCCGACUUUGCUCUUGACUUCACCAAGAUAAAGCCAGGGUCCAACCGAAACUUGGAUCUGCGCCGCGAGUUCCACACCCAGCUCAGAAAGUCGGGUAUUACAUGGACGAGUAUUCUCAAUGGUCCUUUCAUGGAUUUGAUGGCCGGCGACUCGCCGAUGAUCAAUCACAAAAGUCGCAAGGUCCCGUAUAUCGGUCAAAUGACGCAGCAGCUUGAUUUCACCACCAUGGAGGACACGGCUGCGUACACGGCUGCUGUGGCUGUCGACCCGAAUCCUACGCCCAACUUCCUCCGCAUUGCCGGCGAUACGGUUACUGUGCAGGAUAUUGCAGAUGCACAGACCAAGGUGGAAGGUGUACAAUACACUCCUUCGUGGAUUGGCCCCGUGUGGUUCAUGGAAUUCGUGAUUCGAGUUUUGCGUCUUUUCGGCGGUCAAAAUGAGACGUUGCCAAUUUGGCAGGGCCUGCAGUACAUGACCAACAUGCAUUCUGGUGCCGGUAAACUCGAGGCGCUGGAUAAUGAUCGAUAUCCCGAGCUCAGUUGGACCAAGGUGGAGGAAUUCCUCCGACAGCAGAAGAAUAAGCAAUCCAAGAAGUGA